AUGCACGCUCCGAGCAUCGUCACUGUCCUCGCCGCCCUCCCCGCGGCCAUGGCUUGCCUCGGCUACACCGGUGGUGUCCCCAAGGCUACAGGCAGCAAGUCUCUGAGCGCUCCCAAGACCCUCAAGAAGGGUGAGGUUUUCGAUGCCGGCUGGGUCCGGUACGACCGUGGUGUGAAGUGCACUGGUCAGGCUGAGGGUGGUUCCAAGGACGCCGUCUUCAUCCUCGAGGAGGGUGCCACUCUCCGAAACGUCAUCAUCGGUGCCAACCAGCGUGAGGGUAUUCACUGCAAGGGCUCCUGCAAUAUCGAGUUCGCCUGGUUCGAGGAUGUCUGCGAGGAUGCCAUCUCCAUCCUUGGCAGCGGCACUGCCAACAUCAUCGGCGGUGGUGCUUACCACGCCUCCGACAAGGUCAUCCAGCACAAUGGUUGCGGUCACGUCAACAUCGUCAACUUCUACGCCAACGACUACGGCAAGGUCUACCGAUCUUGCGGUAACUGCAAGGGCAACACCAACUGCAAGCGCUCCGUGCACAUGGAGGGCACCACCGCCGUCAAGGGUGGCGAGCUCAUUGGCAUCAACACCAACUACGGUGACAAGGCCACCUACUCCAACAACUGCUACCCCAAGACCCAGUGCCAGGGUUACAAGGGCUGCGACAAGGCCAAGGGCGAGUGCGAGCCCUCCAAGGCUGCCAAGUGCUAG